GGCAUUUCCAACCUUAGACCGACCCCACUUGGUUCUGUGCGAUGCGAUGCUGCUACUAUGCAGUGCUGUCCACUCACAGAUGCUGAUUCCCACAUUAUAUAAGUCGAUGUUCGCCAAAAUGAACAUGAAUGUCGAGUGGGCGAGCAUAUCCCAUUCGAGCAUAUCCCAUUCGAGCUUCAUAUAUGAUUUAUUUGUUCGAUGUUUUCAGUGGGCAGGAAGCAGGCAGCCAACUAACUAUUAAGGUUAACAUCCCAAGUAAUAACCCUAAAUAGAUCACUGCUCGAUAAAAGAGCGUUGAAGCACUGUGGAAUUGCUGUUCGGACUUACCACCUCUGCCGAAAUCCCCGAUUGGAUUUGAGCUACUCAUUUUUCAUCAACAGCUACCUUCUGGAGAGAGAUAUAUAUAUGUGACUACCAGGUACUGGACCCAUUUUGUGAUACAUACAUAAGAGCUUAUUGGGGGUUCAGAAGGAAACAGAGCAGAGUGAUACAUACUCGGGGAUCUACAUCGCGCCCGCACCGAGAUUCCCCAUCAACGUCAAGCAUAAGUCCAGACUCAAGAGUGGACUGAUUACAACUCUACAAUUAACCAUAGCGAUGGAUAGUGAUGUCACGAGGCCCGAUAAAAUGUUCAGUUCUUCUCGUCGCUCCCACCGGAAAACAAGGACAGGGUGCAAUAACUGUAAGAGGAGAAAGAUUAAGGUUAGUUAGAGCUACUGCUUGCCUGGUUCGUUCUACAUCCCUCUACCCAAGCCGGUAACAGUAUACACACAGUGUGGCGAAGGAAAGCCUAGCUGCUUGAAUUGUAUCAAGCAUUCAGUACCAUGUGAUUAUUCAAGAGCGGACGCAGCAGCAGCAGCGAAGAAUACGCCACUCUCAUCUCCUGGAUCGUCAACUUCAGUUUCAGCUCCAAAUAAUGUGCUGGGUCGAACUGCCGAGGGCCAAGACCCAUAUCUGAAUCUUAUGGAUUUGGAGGUCUUCAACAACUUUUGCGUAUCAACAAGCAUCUCACUUAACUCCAAUCCUGUAGUGAGAAAUAUAUAUCAAACCACGAUUGUCCAGAUUGCAUUCCAGCACGAGUUCGUCAUGCGUGCGCUACUCGCUCUAUCAGCCCUCCACAUGGCUCGCAACAGGCCUGAUCAGAGUCAACGACUUCAUGAGUAUUCAAAGCAGCAACAUGAGGCAGCGCUCCGUCAAGGCACUGCGUUUCUUCCACAUACCACCACUGAGACUUGUACAGCGGUUCAUGUCUUCUCGAUACUCACCGGUAUGCACACAUUAGGUCAACCUCGCAGCGUUGAUGAAUUUGUCAUCGUCGGCGAACGUGGGAUUACGUCAUGGCUUGUGCUAUUUCGAGGUGUAACCGCAAUUAUCGAGCAGUUCAAAGACACACUUCUAACAGGGCCUUUGGCCGACUUGUUCAAAGUUAGAGAAGAGAGAGUCUUGCUGCGCCAAACGUACGCAGAUGAUGAAGUUGAACAUCUAAGUCACCUAAGAAUUGCAAUUGAAACCACAGUACCCGAUAUACAUGAAGUACAAAUUUAUACCGAGGCUAUUCGCGGCUUGGAACUUUCGUAUGAGUUCAUGUACAGGUGUCCAGCUGAACAAUACGAGACGGGUGACAUAUUUAUCUGGCUAUUCCGUGUAUCUGAUGAGUACUUGAGUCGUCUAAACGAGGGUACCCAAGAAGCAUUAGCAAUCCUCGCAUAUUCAUCUGUGUGCUUCAAGAAGUUGGAGAAUCUCUGGUGGAUAGAAGGGUGGAGCAAUCAUUUGAUGGCCAAUAUCUAUCAGUUUUUGGAUGAAGAACAUAGACAAUGGGUCCAGGCACCUAUCGAUGAGAUUGGCUGGGUCCCAUAUCAAUGAUCAGAAACUCGUAGGGUUUGCAUUUCUAGAAAUCUGCUUGCAUUGGGGUUUGAAUCGCGAGUAUGAAGGAAUGAAUGUCUGGUCUUAAUAUGAAGAUAAAUCAAAGUUGAAAGAUGCGCUUUAUAGAUGUUCCUCUGUACUAAUUGUUUUCAGAAAGAUGUAUUGUAUUUUAAAUAUAGCAAAAUUGUUCUCUUCUCUCCACUUUCAAAAUUCUAACGUCAGACUACAUUGGGCGAGCUCGUGUGAGGCACACAGGCUCCUCUACGAGGCUACGUAUCAUUGUUGAUUAUUCAAAAAAAAAUGAUUCAAACA